AACAAAAAUACAAUAACAGGAACUAAUGCAAUAAUGAAGAGAAACCAUGUAGGACUUUAAAGACUCCUCUUGAUAAAAGAAUAUCGUUCAUAUAACACUGGUAUGCAAAGAAUUAACACCAAACAUUUUGCACAAAUCUCCAUGUUCUUUCGCUAAUUAAAUCAGCUCUAAUUUAACAAAACACCGUCGAGAUCUCACUGCAACAACGAGAAUGAGGAAAGUUAUGCAAUCUUCUUCGUUUCAAUCUCUCGUCAAGCAAUCACAGCGUGCCCGAUUGUUGUUCUCAGUAUCCGGAGCUUAUUUCUAUCAGGCGUGACAUCGUAGUAGAAACCAGUCGCUAUUGGUCGUGAACGCGAGCUUUAGUAUCGUACACUGUUGAUCGACCAAUGAAAAGUCAAGCCACGUCCCCUCGGUUCAUCACGCCUACCGGGGACGAGGUUGGUUCGUGACGGCGUGGUUCGCGUCAUCGCGACGUACCAAGCUUCCACCAGGUCCGGAGUUGAUCCCGAGGCCCAGUCAUCCGAAAACACUUAGUGGCGCAUCAGUGCAACGUCUGCCAAGUGGCAAGUCUAAAUAAUUGACCCCACCGUUCGUGCAAACAAUUUACAUCGGGCACACGUAAAUAACGGCCUCUUUCCUCCUUAUUGUGAUUACGCUUGGAAACGCGUGGCCGCCACACGAAUUCGUCCACGACGUGUGGGAACGGCCGAUGCAGCAAACAUAAACGGUAAAUACAGCGAAACUCGAUCGUGUUCGCAGUUGCGAUUGAUAGUGAGAGUGACAGGGACAGUAUACGUACGAAAUUACAGCUGGAAGACAUUAAAAAUUUUACGGAUCAUUUUUCAAAUCAUAUUUACCGUGGUACGAGAUACGUUGGAAUUGGAAUUCGUGAAAUUAUUGUGGUUAGAAUAGCAUAGAUAUACAACUAGACAUACACCUUAGAUUUCUAAGGAUAUUUACAGUGAGGUGAAUGGACUAUAGUUGUGAGUUUUAGAAUGUUCGCUACAGCGUGACGACUGGUCUCGACGGACUUCAUGGAUCAAACGGUAAUCGUUCCGUCGACUCCUCGCGGAAGCAACGUGGACAACGCGAGAGUCACGAUGAAGAACGAAAGUGACUCGAAUCUACAUAUCCAAGACCAGUCUACCGUAGCUCAUUCCAAUUCCACAUCGGUGGUACCUCGAACCAAUUUGUCGAUGUCCAAUAGUCUGAACCAAGAUCAGAGUUUAGAUCCGUUGAUGUGUAACCCUGCCAGUACAGAGUUACCUAGGAAGCCUGGAGCGCGGCGCCAAGAGAAACCUCCGUACUCUUACAUAGCACUGAUCGUAAUGGCGAUUCAGGCGAGUCCAGGAAAGAGAUUAACCCUUUCAGAGAUCUACUCGUUUCUUCAACAACACUUUCCCUUUUUCCGUGGCGCUUAUCAAGGCUGGAAGAACUCAGUGCGCCAUAAUUUGAGCUUGAACGAGUGUUUUAUCAAGCUUCCAAAGGGUUUAGGAAGACCAGGUAAAGGUCACUACUGGACGAUUGAUCCUUCGACAGAGUAUAUGUUUGAAGAAGGAAGCUUUCGUCGACGGCCACGAGGUUUCCGUCGCAAGUGCCAAGCCUUGAAGCCUCAGUAUCCUCAAUACUUUUCUGCGAGUGGUCCAGUAGGCGUCCAGACUCCCGGAUACGAAAAUUUAACACCUGGAGCCAUGGAAUACGCGAAUGGAUAUCAAAAUCAGUAUCAAAAUUAUCAAGAAUAUGCGAUGUACGCAGCACCUGGUGCCGCAGUCUCCGCUGAUUGGUCCUAUCCUGAGGCCACAUACAAGACACCGCCCAUAUCGGAAGUAACAUACAAGACGACGGAAGUCACAUACAAAACUGGAGAACCGUCUGUAUACAGAAACGGAGAAAUAGUAGCAUUUAAGAGCGAGCCUGGAUAUGCGGCGAGGAGUCAGGAGCAGUUGACGUACAGAGCUACGGACGGGUUCUCCGUGAAAGAUCAUCAACAGCAUCAUCCAGAGACGGUUUAUAAGGAGAAUGAAACUAUGAUGACCUAUAAGUGCCCGUCUAAUCCCGCACCAACUACUCAAGCACCUGGACAAGAUUACUACGUUGGUUACGGACUCGCCGGGGUCAACAAUACUGGAAGCAACGUGAACGUCGCUAUGCAGGGAAUCCCAGAACAGACAGGCAACAACAGUCCCGUAGGAAACGUCAGUUCGCCGCACAGUGGGUGCCAGACACCUGUAACGGAUAAUGGUAUAAAGAUGCAAUGCUCGAACUCCAAUUCAAACAGUUCUGGAGGUGGACUCAUUGAUCGCAAACCAUCCUACUUUGGUCAUCCGGCCGGAUCAGUUACUUUGAGCUCGUUAAGCUCUCUAAGCUCGCUUAACUUGAGCAAUAUCGGCAGCUUGAGUAGUGGCUUGAGUAUAUCAAAUAUACCUGGCACAGUUUCGUCGAACAUUCAUCAUACAGCCACAACACCGCCAACGUACUAUGAUCAGAUCAAAUACAGUAUGUGA